AUGACGAAACACGAAACUGUCGAAGAUGUCUAUGGCCCAGGCACGCACACCGACAAGCACUUCGUGCCUGUGCCACAAGAUGCCAGACGCCUUUUGCAAUACAUGGCAGAGAUCACACCAGGAUUCGAUUCAUCAGCUUCUUUCCUGAACCAAGUCAACUUCACUGGACGAGAUCUGCCGCUGCUUCCUGGUCCCAUUAAAGCCCAAGUCUUCUCUGCGGUCUGUCAUGCAAUGAUCGGACUGGCCUCCAAACAAAUACUCGCAACCCGUGGAAUUGAUUCAGGAAAGGUGCAGGUCGACACUGAGCUGGCAGCGCUCUAUCCAGCAACUGUCGGUCUUGUGACUGUGGACGGCCAAGACUGGAAGGCUAUUCAAAAGAACCAAGUCGUACAGCAAGCGUCCUCAGUCGACGUCGACAAGGGCGUAAUCACCAAAACUCCAAUGCGAUUCCGAAGCUGGAGCAUCUACCCAACCGGCUCCAAAGAUGAGAACGGUCAUCAACAAUGGUUCCAGAUCCUGUCAUCUCUCGAUCCAAAAGGCUUCUUGUCAGCAUUUGGCCUCGAUGCCGACGACUCCAGCAUCACAACCAACGAGCAAGCGUAUGAGAAGAUCAAAGCCGUGACCAUGUCCAUGUCUGCGCGAGAGAUCGAACAGAUCUGCGUGGAGAAAGGUUUCUGCGGUCAGACAGUUCUAUCACCAAAAGCGUGGAACGAGACCUCGUACGGAAAAGCUCUCGCCAAGCACCCUGGAAUCAACUAUCGUCAAGUGAAAGGAUCCGAAUCCCUCCCUGUGGUCCCACUUGCUGAGAACAUUCAAGACAAGAGACCACUGGCCGGCAUCAAAGUGGUCGAGUUCUCCCGCGUUAUUGCUGGUCCGGCCGUAGGCACAUACCUGGCCUCACUAGGUGCCGAUGUGAUCAGAAUCCAGUCACCCAACCUGCCAGAUAUUGGGUUCCUGAGUGUCACGCUCCAAGCCGGCAAGAGAGUCGCAGACAUCGACUUGAACAGCUCCGAAGACCGCGCAGAGCUCCAGGAACUCAUCAAAGACGCGGAUGUCAUCGUCCAGGGCUUCCGUCUCAAGUCUCUUGAACGAAAGGGUUUCGGCCUCGAGGAUAUCGUUGAGAUGGCCCGACAGAGGAACAAAGGUGCCGUGUAUGUGGACCUGAACUGCUACGGACCAGAUGGGUAUUACGCUGAGCGGCCUGGCUACCAGCAAAUCGCAGACUGUGGAUCGGGAUGCUCGUAUAUCAAUGGUGUCGCAUACGGUCUGCCAGAAGGCACAGGCGUGCUUCCUUCCCUGCCCAUCGCAGACAUGCUGACUGGAGCCGUUGGAACGUUGGUCACACUUCUCAGCAUUCGAGAUCGUGCGACCAAAGGUGGGAGCUUUCAUGCCCACGUGUCUCUCAUGGCGAUGGAUACACAGCAGCUGGUGCCUGAGUUCGGGCUCUACGACAAGGAGACAGUCGCCAAGAUCCAGAAGACAUACCAGUUCGGCGACAUGCGGCCACAUCACAUGGUGACUGACUUGCUUGAUACCAUGAUCCAGGCUUGGCAGAAGAACUCGGACGUGCUGGCAAAAGAGGAACGCUUCGUUGAAUUCGAGACGAAAUAUGGAAAGAAGCACAGGCUCCUGGCGCCUGGCUUCAAAUUCGAGAAUGAUGAGUCGAGCCCGAAAUGGGAAUGGGGUCCUGUGCCUAAUGGAGGGCAGAAGGGUUUGCGCUGGCGCGUAUAA